GGGGGGCUGACAUGGCGGCCUGUGAGUGGCUCAAAUUUUAGUCCGAAGUUCAUUUGGCUUGCUGUCCUGUCGGUGCCUUUUCCAUUGAGCACUCUCAUGCUGCAGGCGCCUUAGGCAAUGGCUCUCAAUGUUCUCCGCAAGCUGUUCGGGUUCAAGGAUGAGGCAAAGUUGAAGAAGGUAUCCUUUCUGUAUUUCUCAUUGGCAGACAGCAGAAUCUCGCGGCGUGGCCUGAAGAAUCACAGCAGAGAGCAGAUUCGAGCGCUUGUGCGCAGCAUGGGAGGUCAGACCUUGCUUCCAGUCGAGGACCUGCCUUCCGGCUGGGAGGAGUGGACGGAGGACGAGCUUGUGCGGGAGGUUGAGAAGAAGCUCGAGCCGCUCGAAGACGUGCAGAUCGACGACGGUGGCACAUAUCUGGUGGUCUUCCUGGUUACGAACCUGACAGAGCAGCUGAAGGCGCUGGCUCGGUGGCAAGAGUCAGUGACCUUAAGCUUUGAGGCUUCCGCCGCAGAGCGUGCUGUUCAGAGAUUACGGGAAGCUGGCCACACUGAUGUGAAACGAUUCUGCGCUGGAAAGCGGGUCAAGCGACCGAAAGAGGACAACGUGGUUGUUGAGAUCGACGCUGGAGCGACGGCAGAGAAUUGCGGAAUCGUUGUCGAGUGCAAGGCGGUGCUUGACGUGGAUGCAGCAAAGCAGUUGAAGGAGGCUCUGAAAACAAUCAGCACGUUGACGGAGGAGGGGGUUGAAGCAGUGUCUCAAUUCAAGGGAAAGAGGCUCUGCGGAGCUCUUUGUGGACUGCGGGUGACUCUAAACCAGAACAACCGGAGGGAGCUGGUCGAGCUGUGCAAAGAGAAUGGGUUUGAGAUUUGGCUGCCCAACGGCGCGGACCUCGGGACAGGGGACGGCUGCUUUGAGUCCCCGUCCGUGAUCCCUCCCAGCCCGCAGUCAGGGAGCGCCGCAGGCUCGCCGAAGUCACCAUCUGCAUCAUUGGUUCGGCCCCUCAGCACUCCGGCCCGCCAGUCCCUCAGGUCAGCAGUCGGGCCGGGUACCUUCAAGCCUCGGUCCUUCGUCCUGAAGCCUCUCCUGGGGUCCUCGUCAAGCCUGCAAAAGGACCAUCGUCUGCUGGCUCGACUGCCAUUCGCUAUGCGUAACUUGCAAGUGCGUCCGGCCGCUGCCUACAUUAUGUAGUUUGUCGAACGUUACAUGUCGAUUCGUUCUGUGGAUCCUUGCCAAGUGUAGGGGAUAAAGUGUUCGAUCAGACAUAAGCCCUGCUUGAGUGUCGCACAUUCUUCCGCACAUACCUGGUCCUUCCCGCACGUAGUGCCCCCGUCUGCUAGGAAGUGCUUGGCAGUCGCAGCGACAAAGUCUGGGGUUCUUGAGAACAAAGCCUGUAGCCCGGCAUCAAGAGCCCCGCUCAGAGAAGAUACCAAUGCUGGGUCUUCGCUAUAGGUGCGGGAAAAGAGACUAGAAACAUUUGAGAGAAGGAAAAGAAAAAGUGAGGAUGAAGUCUAGACUGAAAUGUAACGAGGUUCAUAUGGAGGCACGCAGUUCUUCGAAGCAACAGCCUGCUUUGGAGAACGUCACGGGAUUCGAUCAGUCCCCUUGCGACUCGGUCCCCCUUCUUUGUGGCAGUAGGACUGUUGCUCGGCACCAGCCCUGGGGAUGGCGGGUAGUCAAGGUUGGGCACCUCGUCACGGAACCCCUCAUGUUCUCAGGAAUGCCGCUUCAAAGCGUUUCCAGAUGCG